UCCCUUCGCUGCCUCACAUCUCCCUGCCGCCCUGUCUGGGGCGCAAUAGUCACCCGAUCCCUUCUCACCCUGUGGCCCUCUGAGGUCUCACCCUGAGCUGGGAGGGGUGGGGGGAGAGGAGCACCCUCCCUGCCCCCUCUGCACACAGUCACAGGAGACCCUGCUUGGCACAGAGAAGACCCCUGCAAGAAGGACAGAGUCCAGUGGGGGGAAGUAGAAUUCAAAAGAGAUGUCCUUAUAAAGACUCCGCCAUGGUCGCCUGCACCGGGAAGUGGCCCUUAAAUAACGGGAUGACGAUUGGUGCAAGGUUCUGGGAUCCCAUGAUGUAUAUUGGCUGAGGAGAUGCUUUUAACCAAAAUUAGACCACAUUUCUUGUCAUGUGUGGAAACACCCAGUGACUUCUCCUUCGGAGGAUUUCCUUUCUUGGCCUUCAACGUGAGGAGCCGGGGUAUCUCAGACAUUUUUUGAUUUCUUUUAUUAAGAAUUUGAGCUGUUUUUAAAAAAUUUUUUUUAUCAAUUACAAAAAUGACGACCUCGUCCAUAAGGAGACAGAUGAAGAACAUUGUAAAUAAUUAUUCAGAGGCAGAGAUUAAAGUUAGAGAAGCCACGUCCAAUGAUCCUUGGGGUCCCUCCAGCUCCCUCAUGACGGAGGUCGCCGACUUGACUUAUAACGUGGUGGCUUUUUCGGAAAUCAUGAGCAUGAUCUGGAAGAGGCUGAAUGACCACGGCAAGAACUGGAGACAUGUUUACAAGGCCUUGACCCUGCUGGACUAUCUUAUCAAGACCGGCUCGGAGAGAGUGUCCCACCAGUGCAAAGAAAACAUAUUUGCCAUACAGACGCUCAAAGACUUCCAGUACAUCGACCGGGAUGGGAAAGACCAAGGGAUUAACGUCAGGGAAAAGUCCAAACAGUUGGUGAGCCUCUUGAAGGACGACGAGAGGUUGAAGGGCGAAAGGGCCCAGGCACUUAAGACCAAAGAGCGAAUGGCUCAGGUGGCCACAGGAGUCGGAAGCAGCAACCAGAUCAGUUUUGGCCGCGGUUCUAGCCAACCCAACCUGUCCACCAGCUACUCUGAACAAGACUAUGGGAAAUCCGGUGGCUCUCCGGCAUCUUACCAUGGAUUCAUGUGUGACGUCCUAUCAGCUACCUCCCCCCGAGCCUCUUCGGAGCUGGAACAGGCUCGACCACAGACGAGCGGAGAGGAGGAACUGCAGUUACAGCUGGCGCUCGCCAUGAGCAGAGAGGUGGCAGAACAGGAGGAGCGAAUCCGACGAGGAGACGACUUACGACUUCAGAUGGCGUUAGAGGAAAGCAGGAAGGACAAUAUCAAAGCCCCGAAAAAGAAACCGCAACCACAGACUUCAUUGUUGGACCUCAUGGAUGCUUUGCCUUCAGGGGCCCCAACACCUCAGAAGUCAGAACCUUGGGCGGCAGUGUCAGCAACAGCAUCAAGUAACCAGCAAGACCCCUGGGGGGGAUCAGCCGCCCGCUCCACUGGCAUAAAUACCUGGCAGUCUUUUGCAGGUACAAAACCCUCCGUCAACAGCGAUCCCUGGGGAUCAAGUUCCGCUUCUGCAUCACAGCCUCUUCCAAAAAAACAGGAUCCCUGGGCACCUCCACAGGCGGCGGGCACGGCUAAUUCCACAGCAGACCCCUGGGGACCUGCUCCAGGAGUUAAAACAAGUACAAGCACAGGAGGUUCUUCUUUUGACCCCUUCAGCAAUUUAAAUGGGACGGCAAAAGAUGAUUUCUCCGAGUUUGACAGCCUGCGAUCCUCCUCCAAAGUCUCAGCCGACUCCAUAUCGACUUUACCAUCCUUGCGCAGCGGCACCACAAGUCCUGAUCUCUUCGACUCGCAGACCACCAUUACCACCAGCAUCGGCAAACAGACCAUAGCUCGGAAAACCCCAGAGUCCUUCCUGGGACCCAACGCUGCCUUAGUGAACCUGGAAACGCUGGUCACCAUGCCUGCUCAGCCUGCCCCCACAUUUAACCCAUUCUUGGCAUCAGGAACCUCUACGCAGGGAUCUGCUCCGGUCGUCAACCCUUUCCAGGUCAACCAGCCACAAGCUCUCACCCUCAACCAGCUGCGUUCCAGCCCAAUGAUGGGAGUCAGUCCGUCCUUUAACACCGUGCCAGCCAUGGCUCCAGAGGUCUCCGUACCGCCGCCAUUACUGGGGAUGUCCACGUUACCCGCCAUACCACCAACGGGACUUGGGAUUAACAUGAACAUGGCAGCCACCUUGCCCCACCACAGCUCGGCCAUCCCACCCUCCACAGCCCAAGCCAUGAAUGUCACCAAUCCUUUCUUGCUAUGAAGGUCGCAGGAUAUUGGCCAUUGUGUACGGUAAAACACUACACACCGCUAAACUGUCGUCGUCUUCUUCCGGCCCCCGAGGGUAACGUCUGGCGGUUCCGUCCUGCGGUGCUGUGGGGGUGAUGUGGGCAAAGCGUUCUAUCACAUCCGAUCCAACAUGGACACCAAAGCUGGACCUCGGCUUCCUGUCUGUCGCUUGUCACGUGGAUCGUGGUCGUCUUUUUUUCCACCGAGGCUCCGUCGCUCACACUGGGAAGGAGACAAAAAAA